UCACCAGGAGCGCUAGAAUUUUUUUCAUGAUCACUUGAUCAAGCUUUCGAUUGUUAAUUCGAAUAAUUUCAGUAAUUUAAUAAUUUAGGUUUAACAACACAAUUUUAGUAUUAUAAAUAGGAAAUCCAAAUAUUGAUUGACAAUUCUGAUCAUUAUUGAAAUGAUUCGUAUAAAUGGUUGUCGUAACAAAGAAUCGAUAAAAUGUAACGAUUGGGAAGGCUUUGUGAAAUUUUACUUUCUUGUUCUUUGUUGCUGCUGUUUGUUUAUAAGUUACUGCGUAGUAAGAUCAUAUUUUAAAAUUAAAAUAAAUCAUGGCAACAUUUUUUGGAGAAGUUAUGGCUCCUGUAUCAAGAGCAUUUUGGAAUGGAGCUGAAGAUAUAGACGACGAUGAUGAAGGAGAUAUCAGUGAACCCAGAGGGCCUGUCUACAAAUUCAAAGAAGAAAAGCCACAAGUGGAAAACUCAUACUCUCUCAUGAUAUUUGCAACUGAUCAGUUUUGCUCUGAUUAUUCACGUGCAUUUCUCAUGAGUGGUGAACCGGAGCUGAUAACCGAAAUAGAAGAAGUCGAUGAAAAAUCGUCAGAUGAGCAAAUCAAACGACCUCAAACGCCAGUCGCCAGUUUAUUUAAAAUCAAAAACGAUGUGCUGCUUCUUGCUUGUAAAAGAAAUAUUCCACUCGAAUAUGCUAAUGAUUUACUCCUGAUGGUAGCUCCAUGGCUCGACAAAUCCAAAGAUGCAGCUGUGCUUGCCUCGAAACCUGUUGCUGAGUUUAUAACUUCAAACAAAGAGCUUGAAGAAAAUGCGUUCGUCAGAGUUCUGAAAACCAAGUCGUACACAGAAAACAUUCCUUGCAAACAGUUGGAGGUUCCAAAUGCGGUGUCUGGCUUUCCUGCUGCUAUGAUGACGUGGCGCCAAAUCCACGAGCAGCCGUGUGUGCUUAGUGUGUACUACUACGCCAAUUCUCUGCCUCUCAUCAACACCAUAGACGUGGCUCCCCUAAGGAAGCACCUGCAGGCGUUCCAGUGGUACCAACACAUCGAAAACUCCAAAACCGACCUGACCAGCAUACCUCUCUACAACCAUGUUUUCGAAAACUCCAAUAUGUAUUUGUGAGCAGAAUCAUCUUUCAUCUUAAUUAUUUGCUUUUCCAUUCCUAGUUGGCUAGGAGGUGGACGUUCUGUAAAUUAGUUCUAAUUGUACAAACUUGUUAUCACUAUUUUUAUAUAUUAUGAAUUAUAGAUAUUCUAGUAAGAAC